CACUCGUUGCAGCUCGUGUGGGCAGCUAUAAUAUUAUAUUUGCAUCCUCCCGCAGCACAUUGCCACAUGACAAGGACAAUAAUGCCCCAAGGCCGGAGCGUAGCUCUUUUUACAACUCGUAGGUAAUCUGCAUAAAUCAAGAUGAGACCGAGCGUGUGUGCCCAAAUUGAUGCAUGAUCAGUCGGAGCCUCCGGGCUCUCCAUGGCGGGCUGCCCUCUGUGCAGCGCUCUUUGUCGCCGGCGGCGCCUACCACUUGCGGGCCCUGCGGGCCCUGCGGCACGAAAAUGGGGCUCUGCGACGCGCCCAAGCAGGCAAGACGGCGGAGCUUGCACUGCUGCGUGCAUCUGACGACCGGCGGUUCGAGUCCUACCGCGCCCACGUCGACGCGUUGCGAACGCGACACCCCCGUCGUCGCGGGAACGCGACAGCCGAACACGUGCCCGUAGGAAUCCUCGUGCGGACGUUCGCGGGCGAUCUGCAGUGGCUCGCCUACUGCCUGCGCAGCGUGGCCAAAUUCGCGCAGCCGUACGUCGACGGCGUCACGGUAGUCUUUCCGGAGGCCGACGACGCGACGGUCGGCGCGUUCGUGCGAUUGGCGCACCCGUGGGCGCGGACCAACGUGUCGACGUCGGCGGCGGUGUUCGCGGCGGCGAUGCGAGCCGCACACCCGCACAAGUUUGCGCGGUGCCACGCGGGGCAGUGCCUACCCGACUGUGCUCUUGCGGCGUCCUUUUAUUCUCUUCGCGUUGUUGUUGGCAUCGCGUGCCACGUCCACGUCGCGUCGAUGGCGCCACGUGCCACGCCAUCGACGCGAUGCCCCACGCAGACGCGGCGCAGAUCUUCGACAAGCUCUGCGCCGACCUCUACGUGCCCGCUGCUCGUUUCGUUCUCCACCUCGACAGCGACACGGUACUCACGCGGCCGCUCGCCUUUUCGGACGUCUUCGAUCCGCGCACGAGAAAGCCCCUGAUGCCCCGGGUCCGGUACGCGCCGGGUUCGGAGGCGGAGUGGCGGUGGCGCGCCGUCACCGCGGAUCUCGUCGGCAUCAAGGCCGAAGACCUAGAAUUCCAAUUCAUGACCCGUCAGGGCCUGUGCUACCCGCGCGCGUUCUACGGCACCUUUCGACGAGCCGCCGAGCGGCUCCAUGGACGCCCGCUCUCCGAGUGGCUGGUGGACCGCUUCGCGAGCACGAAAGGUCACCCGGCGUCGGAGUUCGAGGCCCUCGGAGCGUUUGCGUACUACCGCGGCGGGCGCGACCAGUUCGCCUGGCCAGCCGUCACUCAGAACGCGGCGUCGUCGUUCCCCGCGCUCCAGAAAUUGUCAUGGGGCGGUCUCGAUACGACGCUGCGCCUCGUCCUCGAGUGCGUCAUUGCGGGUGCGUCGACGCCGGGGAAUUGCGAGACCGGUCUAGGCACGGUGAGUUAGGCCUCCGAAUCGCGCCGAUCCACGUAGCGAGAAAUAGGGAUGUUUCAGUACAGAUAC